CAUUUUGGGGGCAGAAUCUGGGCCACGGCUGGAUUGGAGUCUGCCUUCUGCUUUGGGGCUGGGCUGCGCCUAAGCUCCAGGCUGGCAUCAGGUUUGGGUUCAGUUCUAGUUGGAGUGGGGCUACAAAGCACCUGGAAGUCUCUCCAACUAGAAGGGCUCAGAGAAGUUUCUUCCGUGAUCUGUGCCCCUUCCGGAUACCCUGUCUGCCCUGGCUCUCCUUCACCAAAGCUGUUCCCAGGAGGUGUGUUCAGAGUGCCCUGGCUCCACUCGCUUAUAACAACACUAUUAGUCCUCAUGAGUAGCAUGCCCAGGAUAAAGAGCCCUUGAAAAUACUUGAUCCCAUUUGAUCCCCACAAGCUCUCAGGGCUGAGAUGAUUAGGCUCAUUGUGCUGAUGAGGAAACUGCUGUUCAGACACACCCAAGGUUGCUGAGCUCAAGUGCUGGAGCCAAAGCUGUCUCUGUAACUUGGUCUGGGAUUCCAGAUUCAUGUUCUUGCUUCUGGAUUGGGCAGAACUUGGCCUUAGCUCCUGAAGUACUGAGAUGGUGUCUUUUCCCAGGGUCUCCCCUCCAACACACACAAGUACCUUGUCCUGACUCUGAAAGCCCUGCGGCACUUGAGCCUCCCGGGAGGAAAGGGGAGUGGCUCAGGGAUGAGGGCACUGAGUCAAACCUGGCUGGGUGGGGAAACCGAAAGAUUGAUUGAAACGAGGGAGCGAAUGUGACCAGGCAUUUUCCUGUUUCCCUGAAAAUCUACCUGGGCCUACAUGUACACACACUGAACUCUCAGGGCCCUCCCUGUCCUUUCAGUAUCCAGAGUGAUACACAAACAGCCUUCCAUGAAGCCCUUUGGCUGACCUGCCUGGAAAUUUGAUUCCUGCUCUUGAAUGUGCUGGAGGUGGGGUUAGACACCCCCUGCCAGGUCUGGAGCUUAGACUUGGACAGGAAAAGGUCAUGGGGAUGUGGAGGGCUCUGCCAGGUCCUGGAGCCUCUGUUCCCACUCCCCAAGGCACCUCCCUGCCACAUGCAUCACCAAACUCAGCCUCUCCUCCAGGCAGCUUCCUUGUAUCUCCUUGCCCUCCCUGUUUUUACUGUCUUCUGUCCAGUGUCCCAUGGGCAGAGCUGGGACAAUGGCAGGAUGGAGAGAAGAGAACCCAAGAACAGGGUCCCAACCUUCUGGAAGAUGCCUGACCUCCUCUUUGCCUUGGGGUUCUCUCGGUGGCCUCCGUGGUGUUUCUCCCAGGGUUGGGAUGGAAUUGGGCAGGUGCCUGCAGCCGGUUGGUCAGGAUUCCUAGGAAGAAUUCCAAGUUGAGAACCGUGGCCUCCAGCUCACCAGACAUUUGUCUCAGUGGAAGGAGGGGGUACUCUGCAGCCUGGGGACAGAGACUUCAUUCCCACCUGAGCCUCAAAGCAAAGACCAAAGUCACCUCCAAACCCCUGAGGGGUUGGGGAAGGGUGACCGUUAGAAAACGAGAUCGCUUCCACUCUGACCUUCCUAAUCGCAAAGGUGGAGGGGCCCAGGGAGCAGGAAGCAGCUCUUACUCAUACUGGGGGCUUGGCGGAGCCAGAGGAAGAAGGAGGGACAGGUGGAUGGUAGGGUCAGAGGAUCUGGUAGAGCCGGCAGGUCAAGGGCUGGCUGGUGGAGCCAGUCUGAGGGCCAGGUGCUGAUGUCACCAGUCUGUAACAACUUGGGAUCCAGGGACCUCCCUGGACUGGGUGAGUCCUAAGAGCCAGCCCAUGGGCAGUUUCAGAGACACAGCCAGGCAGCCUGAGCUUGGGAACAGCAAGUCUGCUGGAUAGAGGUGUGGGUGGAAGGGGGUCCCUGCCCCAUUGCCCUCUGAGCUUCUCCACCGAGAAGGUGCCUCUGAUGCACCCAGUUUGGCAGGCAGCGUCCCCCAGACAGGUGGUCUCACCGAGUCUUUCCGACUUGAGCCCUCACAGACUCCAACCGUGCCCUCUCCCUACACGUCGGUCCUUAGUUCCUCGAAAGGGGAAAAGAGGGUGUGGCCCAGCGUCAUUUCCCGGCCCCCAGACGCUGGACCUCCUCCCCCAAGUAGGGGGACGAAGCAACCUUCCUUCCUCUUCUUCCCAGAAGCUCGGCCCCGCCCUCCCCCCUUAAAAACCACUUACCGGCCCGCCCCACACCUUCCAUUCGUGCGGCGGAGUCCGUCCAGUCCCAUCUCCGUCCAGUCCCAUCGGUCCUGACCUGUUCCACCUCCGCCGCGGGACUCAGAGAUGACGUCGCCAACACCUUCAUCAGGCGGUCCUCGCUCGGAUGUCGGCCGCUGGGGCGGAAACCCCUGGCAGCCCCCCACCACACCUUCUCCAGAGCCAGAACCAGAGCCAGACAGACGUUCUCGCCGCGGGGGCCGUUCCUUCUGGGCUCGCUGCUGUGGCUGCUGCUCUAGCCGGAACACAGAAGACGAUGACUGGGGGCCUGAGCGCCAUGGAGACCGGGGAGGUCGAGGAUCUGGCUCCAGGAAUCGAAGACCCGACUCCCGGGGCUCAGACUCCCGCCAACCUGGCUCCCGGGACUCCCGCCAACCUGGCUCCCGGGACUCCCGCCAACCUGGCUCCCGGGACUCCCGCCGGCCUGGCUCCCGGGACUCCCGCCGGCCUGGCUCCCGGAGCAGCGCUGUGAACGCAGCUGGAGAUGGCACCAUCCGAGAGGGAAUGCUGGUGGUGACUGGUGUGGAUCUGCUGAGUUCACGCUCAGACCAGAACCGCCGAGAGCACCACACGGACGAGUUCGAGUACGAUGAGCUGAUUCUCCGCCGUGGGCAGCCUUUCCAAAUGGUCCUCUUCCUGUCUCGUCCCUAUGAGUCCUCUGAUCAUGUCACCCUGGAGCUGUGCAUCGGAAAUAAUCCCGAGGUGGGCAAGGGCACCCAUGUGAUCAUCCCGGUGGGCAAGGGGGGCAGUGGAGGCUGGAAGGCCCAGGUGACCAAGUCCAGUGGGCAGAAUCUGAACCUACGGGUCCACACCUCCCCCAACGCCAUCAUCGGCAAGUUCCAGUUCACCAUCCGCACACGCUGUGGAGCUGGAGAGUUCCAAUUGCCCUUUGACCCCCGCAAUGAGAUCUACAUCCUCUUCAAUCCCUGGUGCCCAGAGGACAUCGUGUAUGUGGACCAUGAGGACUGGCGGCAGGAGUACGUGCUUAAUGAGUCUGGGCGAAUUUACUAUGGGACAGAAGCGCAGAUUGGCGAGCGGACCUGGAACUACGGCCAGUUUGACCACGGGGUGCUGGACGCCUGCCUGUACAUCCUGGACCGGCGGGGCAUGCCCUAUGCAGGCCGCGGGGACCCCAUCAGUGUCUCCCGGGUCAUCUCUGCCAUGGUGAACUCCUUGGAUGACAAUGGGGUCCUGAUUGGGAACUGGUCUGGAGAUUAUUCCCGAGGCACCAACCCCUCAGCAUGGGUGGGCAGCGUGGAGAUCCUCCUCAGCUACCUCCGCACCGGCAGCUCUGUGCCCUUCGGCCAGUGCUGGGUCUUCGCCGGCGUGACCACCACAGUGCUGCGCUGCCUGGGCCUGGCCACCCGUACUGUCACCAACUUCAACUCCGCGCACGACACAGACACUUCCCUCACCAUGGACAUCUACUUUGAUGAGAACAUGAAGCCCCUGGAGCACCUGAACCAUGAUUCUGUCUGGAACUUCCACGUGUGGAACGACUGUUGGAUGAAGAGGCCAGAUCUGCCCUCAGGCUUCGAUGGAUGGCAGGUUGUGGACGCCACACCCCAGGAAACCAGCAGUGGCAUCUUCUGCUGUGGGCCGUGCUCUGUGCAGUCCAUCAAGAAUGGCUUGGUCUACAUGAAGUAUGACACACCCUUCAUUUUUGCAGAGGUGAACAGUGACAAAGUUUACUGGCAGCGACAGGAUGACGGCAGCUUCAAGAUCGUGUAUGUGGAGGAGAAGGCCAUCGGCUCACUCAUCAUUACGAAGGCCAUCGGCUCCAACAUGCGGGAAGACAUCACGCACACCUAUAAGCACCCAGAAGGCUCAGAAGCAGAGCGGAAGGCAGUGGAGACCGCGGCCGCCCAUGGCAGCAAACCCAACGUGUACGCCACGCGGGACUCCGCAGAGGAUGUGGCCGUGCAGGUGGAGGCACAGGACGCAGUGAUGGGGCAGGACCUGAUGGUCUGCGUGGUGCUGACCAACCGUGGCAGCAGCCUCCGCACCGUGAAGCUGCACCUCUACCUCUCUGUCACCUUCUACACGGGCGUCACAGGAUCUGUCUUCAAGGAGAGCAAGAAGGAGGUGGUGCUGGCGCCGGGGGCCUCGGAGCGCGUGACCAUGCCCGUGGCCUACAAGGAAUACCGCGUCCACCUCGUAGACCAGGGGGCCAUGCUGCUCAACGUCUCAGGCCACGUGAAGGAGAACGGGCAGGUGCUGGCCAAGCAGCACACCUUCCGUCUGCGUACCCCAGACCUCAGUCUCACGUUACUGGGAGCAGCCGUGGUUGGCCAGGAGUGCGAAGUACAGAUUGUCUUCAAGAACCCGCUGCCUGUCACCCUCACCAACGUCGUCUUCCGGCUCGAGGGCUCCGGGUUGCAGAGGCCCAAGAUCCUCAAUGUUGGGGACAUUGGGGGCAACGAGACAGUGACCCUGCGCCAGACGUUUGUGCCUGUGAGACCAGGCCCCCGCCAGCUCAUUGCCAGCUUGGAUAGCCCACAGCUCUCCCAGGUGCACGGGGUCAUCCAGGUGGACGUAGCCCCGGCCAGCGGAGGCGGGGCCUUCUCAGACAUUAGAGGCAGCGGUCGCUCAGGGGAGACCAUCCCCAUGGCCUCUCGAGGUGGGGCUUAGCCCUGAGCCAGGAGCAAUGGGACUGAUGUCAGAUGAGCAAGGACACUGCCUCAAGACAGGGGCCUACGGCAGAGAGGCUCCCCAGGGGCUCAGGUGGGAGACCCAGGCCCCUGGGAGGAGCUGAUCUCAUUUGCACAGAUGCUGGACGUAGAUGCUAAUAAACUGUUUUUUAAUAAA